CCGCCCGGACCCGUCAGUCUUGCGCACGCCUUCGACGCGUGGGGUUGUGUCGUUGCCCGCUGCUCUCUGGCGUUUUCUUUCGCGGUUAGGGAACACCUCGCUUCGCCGAUCUCUCGCGAAUCCCAGUCUGCAUCGCGAUCUCGGAAGCGUCCGCGGUACGAUCGACGGUGCUGCGUGGUUCCGGUACAGUGAGGAAAACCGUGCGAGCGAGGACGAGCGAAGGAGAAACGAGGAACGAGGGAAGCGAGAAGAAGACAGAGAGAGAGAGAAAGAGCGAGCAGGACGGUCGGAGUGGUCGGAGUGCUGCUCGUGAUCGAUCUCGCAGAGUGUCGCGCGUCAAGGUGUUUUCUCCUCGCGUACGAGUACGAGCCGAUCUCUUAUUAUUAUGUCACCGAUCGCGUGUGGUCACCGUAGAUCGCUUUGACUUCGAAGUGACUCGCGAAACCAAGGAACGACGUCCAACGCAACGAUGUUACCGCAGACACCCGAUAUCAUCCCGACUACACUCAAUCAGCAAAAAUGCGUGAAAGCGCGGGCUUUGUACGACAAUAUCGCCGAGGCGCCCGACGAGCUAGCUUUUCGAAAAGGCGACGUCCUCACCGUGCUGGAACAGAAUACCGCCGGUCUCGAGGGGUGGUGGUUGUGCGCCCUGCGGGGGCGACAGGGCAUCUGUCCAGGAAAUCGAUUGAGGCUUCUGGUUGGCCAAUACGACACAGGGGGUUGUUUGGUCGGCAGCAGAGCCGACCUAACGAUUGCGGAGGACGGUAUACAGAGACACGGGAAGAGGCGUAGCUGGCACGUGCAGCCCAACAGGGUUGUGACGCCGCAGAAGUGCGGAGAUGUCUACUUGUAUGAUCUCCCAGCCAGCCGGGGGAGUCCCGCGCCACCAUCCAGACACGAUUCACCCCUCAACUCUACAAACAAUGAGCACUCGCACAAUACGGGGCGAUACACCAGCAACAGCACGCGGAGCUCCGUCGACAACGGGGGUGGCGAUGUAAACGAGUGUUACGACGUGCCACCACGUGCCAUCCCUGUGAUCUCCUCGCCGGCGAGCAGUCCAAGCCCGGCUCCAUCGUGCUACGAUAUCCCAAGGCCGCCGACAUCCUGCACACCAAACUCGAAUUGCUCUGGCAUUACGCCGUUGGAUUGCUACGACGUGCCGCGACCCUUGCAACCCCUCACGCCCAGCAGCUCGGCCUCCAGCCUGACCAACGACUCCCUCAGCGGGUCGAACAGAUCGAGUUUGGCUGCACCGGAUUACGACGUGCCCCGACCGCGUCUUCCAGCAUCCUCGUUGCCGUCCCGACACAACACUCCCAUACCGAAGACUCCGACACCACCGCCACCCACGCAGCAGAUCUACGAUGUACCAGUCAGCAAGGAACUUCCGUUGGAGCUGGACUCCGCCCUGGAAGGUUUACAGAGGUUGCAGGGCGAGGCCUCCGCCGCGAUAGCCAGGUUACUGGGCUUUGUAAGCCCCGGCUGGAGAACGCCACAACGGUUGGAUGCCACCCUUAUGGACUUGAGGCUAGCUGCUCUCAGGCUCAGAACAUCUCUGCACGAUCUAGCUGAGUUCGCGGAAGGUACGCUGGGUAAUGCGGGCAAAGCACCGGAUAAAGGCCUGGCGACGAAAUUACGGCCGCUGGUGAAGGCGCUGCGUGAUUCCGACAAGCUCGUGCAGGAAGCCGCUACUGAAUUGGACACGAUGGAAUGGGACGCGAGUAAGCUCUGUCGCGGCGGUGGUGAUACUCCGACGCCUACUAAUGGAUCCCCGCCCUCGUUACUACUACCUGUGCAGCCGGAUCCCCUCGAUCAGCUGAUCGCGUGCGCUAGAGCACUCACGGAAGACGUUCGUCAGGUCGCUAGUUUCAUUCAGGGAAACUCCACAUUGCUUUUCAAACGAGCGUCGAUCAUCUCUACGGGUAGCAGCAACAAUAGCGGCGCCGGCGAGGAUUACGACUACGUGAAUCUGGACUCGCGUGAGGUCGUGGCGAAGCAACGGGAGGAACUGCGAGCCGCACUGCCGCAGGAGCUUCGCAGUAAUUACGAUCUACUGGUGUCCGAGGCGGACAAUGCGGCGAUUCAAAUGCCACCCACGACACCGACGCCUAUGGAUCCUAACGACAAGCAAUUGUUGGCCUUCUAUGUUGCACAAGUGAUCACGCAUGGCGCACACCUGACUCACGCCAUUGAUGCCUUUCUGCAGACGGUCGAGCACAAUCAACCACCCAAGGUUUUCCUGGCUCACGGCAAGUUCGUCGUGCUGAGCGCACACCGGCUGGUGCACAUCGGCGACACGGUGCACCGAAACGUGACGCGCAACGACGUGCGGACGCGCGUGCUGCAGUGUGCGAACGCCCUGAACGAGGCACUCGCGCAAACCGUGCAGAAGACAAAGCAGGCCGCACAGUUUUUCCCGAGCGUCACCGCGGUGCAGGAGAUGGUCGACAGCGUCGUCGACGUUUCGCAUCUGGCCAAGGAUCUCAAGGUUGCCAUGAUACACGCCGCUCAACAGCCGUGAGGAGGAUCUCUGUCGCACGUGCAGUCACAAAACAAGUUCCUCGAACGCACUCCUCACAGCCCACAGCUUAGUCCUCCUCGUUAAGGAGUAGAUCUUGAGACCACGGAAGACGGGACUGCAACGCAUUACGGGAUUCACUUCGCGAUUAGAUGUAAUACCGAGUGCGAUCAAAUUAAAGAUGAUAUUCGAAGGAUAAAUAUAAAACGUUAUUUAAAUUUUUUAGAUUUUAGAGUAACUAUUACUAAAAAAUUCCAGCACAUUCAUGAAACGUGAAUAUUCAUUUUUCACACGAUGAUUGCAAACUUUGGAGAACUCUCACGUAUGAUCCUUCGAACAUUGUCUAUGAGAUGCUGCUAUUAUUUCAGCAAGCUCAUGAGCAAGGACGCAAUGGUAUUGAAAGUGCGUGAUUAUUUUUUUCAAGAGGAAACGAACGCUAGAGAAUUUCGCUUGGAAUUCUCGGCGACUACACUUUCAGUACCAAACGACGAAAUAAUCAAACAUAAUCCGUAUACGCUUCAUACAAGGCGGGGAACAUUUGAAUCUUGCACAUUUUAGUACGUCUCGUGCAGCUAUUGUCCCCUUGCAUUAUUAUCGUUACAAAAGAAAAAGAGUCCGUGGCCUAAAAUAGAAAUCUGCUACUGCCAAAGCUCCAGUAUAUAGUUGAUAAGAGAGACGAAGGAUGUCUUAGGACGAGUGUCUUUAUAAUGUACUCGAAGCAUUGUAAUCUUUCAUAGGAAAUCUGUAUCGUCAUUCAGAUAGACUAGAUAGUCGUGUGUGAAAUGAGAUAUAACGAGGCCAAGUGAUAGCUUUCUGGCACGUGAAGCAUUUCCCGAAGUGGAAACCUCCGCGAGUUCACGACUUACGGCCAGCACCGUUGUCCGUCGCGAAGUCCACUUCGGGCAUACGCCAACGAUCUAAGCAGCUAAACAUGUAGUAGUUUCAUAGAUGUACGUAUACACGUAGAACAUACACAUGCAACUAGACAGUUAAGGUAUUCAUAUCUCUCCCUUAGAGCCGGUUUCGCGUCGAGUUAACUGUAAUCCGUCGUUCAACUGUUUCCUCAUCUCCAUCUCCGAACCAGAGCAGAAAGAAGAAAUGAGUUAAGCGAUGCUUACAGUUAACUAACGUCGCGGAAACCAGCGAUUUGAGUAAUGCGGAUCGGAAGUGUUUUCCUCUCGUCGGGGAAGAAUCACCGUUGCUUUUAUAUUUGAGGGUGAUACGAGAAAUCGAUGUGAAUACCAACGCCGGAAGUUAAAUUGCACGACAACCGCGUUCUGUGUCUGCGGUUCGAUCGUGUUCGAUCGGAAAAUUGACAUCGCGGAAAUACAGAUGCAGGCCGCGCAAGACUUUGCUGCGGGGAGUACACUCUUUGGGAUAUGCCGCGCAGGCGAAUCUACUUAUUUGUUACGAACGGUUUUUUUGUAAGAGGACUUUAAACGAAUUUUAUACGAAGCUUUUACCGCCGGGUUACGACUUUUUCGAGCGCCCAGGCCUUUUUACCAUAAGGCUCUUCCAUAACAGCGAAUUGAUAAGCGCACACCGCGAUCCGCAGCGGAUCGAGUUUACAAACCGUCGCCGCAGAAUUUCCACAACUACCCGUGAAGACUACCAAUGCCUUUUUCACAGAGCGAGUGAACGUUGUUAUAAUACUAAACUUAGCAGGUUCAAAUCCUGUGGCAAAUCGAUGCAGACAGAAAAUUGCAUGUUUUCAUUAAGAAAAAAACUGGAAAGAUUUUUUGUCACUUAAUCAUCAAAGUUGUCUUCUUCAUAGUAAGAUGGAUUAAAAGCAGGAUUAAGAUUACAACAUCAGACAAUAUCUUCAAGUUAAGAGAUCUCAGAGAAUCGUGAAACAGUUUUAAAUGUUUGAAGUCAGAGAUGCACGUACGACCUGAUUGCUAAUUUGCGGCGUACUUGUUCCAAUGGUAUUCCUCACGUGCAAAAGUGUACUUAAAAGUAAUUUACCGACUAUGGAACUCGCUCAAUGCAUGCGAAACCAUCCUUCUAUUUAUUAAAAUUUUGCCGCGCCUCGAUUACGCGACGGAAACAUGACUGUGUGACCGUGCAUACAAUUACAUGCAUGCCGCUAGCAUACCGUGCAUUAAGAUGUAACCGGCCGUUUUCGUUGCAGCUUUAAUGGUAACGCGCGUCUGUUAGCAUCCUUUUAUUAUUCACCGAAAUUGUUUCCUCUGACGUCCUUUUUUCCCUGAAGGAUAAAAUUACCGUGAUUGUUAUUGUAAUAGAAACGAUCCUUCUGAGAAUGAUUUAUGACACUUAUUACGCGACAUAGUUCAUGCUUUAUUUUUUAGAGAUUAUACACUCAAGCAUAUCGCGUAUGUAGGAAAGCGUUUAUACACGAACCUCGUUUACGAGACCUGUAUUAUAAUUCAUUGGCGAAGUGUUUUUGUAAUAUAAUACGUAUAUGGGAUAGGCAGUUUAUAUAUAUAUACAUAGACUUUAGAAUUGUAUAUUUAGAAAUUUCUAAUAGUCGAAUCGAUAGGUGCUUAUCAGACAUCCACGUUGAGACAUCGUGUGUUACAACAAACGUUAAUUCGAAUGACUUUUCCUUUUCGCAACCGACCGUUAUUGCUGAUGUCAUCCGCAUGACACGUUUCCUUUUUGUACAUUGUACCUGGAAGAUCCUUUUGCGAUAAUUAUAGACCAUCCUCGCGAUUAUUCAUAGACGUAUGUGUAUACACGUAACGGUAUCCCGUAUUAUUGGAUUGAUAAGUGAUAAAACUUACGAUCGAGAGCAGAUGAAAUUAAUUAGACGAAGAAAUUAGAAGAAUCGAAUAUAACGCGCGCGACGUAAUCAUUAGCGGAAUUUAAUCACACAUCGAACGCUCGUUUAUCACAGUGACGCUUGUAUCAUGCUUUCGACAUAGUUGUGCUCGAGGACAACUCCUGCGUUUAAUCAUCGAAGACUUUUUUUGCGCCGUUUCGCAGAACAGAAACUACAUUACGAAUUAAAUAUAACUGAUUAUGUUACCUUAAGAAUAUCUUAUUUGUACAUAGAUAUAUUUAUACAUAUUAUAUAUAUAUACACACAUAAUUAUUCCUAUUACAGAAACGGAGUAUGUAUACAUGAAUGCAAACGGUACACCCGUGAUGCUACAGUGGAGAGUAAACUUGUUUGAAUAUAUCGUGCAAUGUCAAACAUAAUUUUUAAACCAAAAUGUAUUACGGGGGACGAAGCAUUUGAAGAUGAAACCGUCUGUCGAGACGGGUAUUCGUGAAUUCGAUUUUAAAUGUAAGUAGAAACUCUGUAUAAAUUGAGCUCAUUUUCGAUACUGUAAAAUAUUAUGUUUUUCUACAUAUUUUUUAACACGCUUGUGACAACGCCCUUGAAUGAUUGAUUUCGUAUAUUGGCGCGUUACUUGUACAUUAUAGUUUCGAUCAUUCAAUAAAGUUUCGGUAAAAUG